UGUUAUAAUAACCCCUCCCUUCCCCAUCCUACAAAUUUAAUGUCCCCAGUCACGGCUUCCGCGGCCACUGAUUUUCAAGUUUCAACUUCCUUUGGCUAAUACGCGUCCACUCUUUUUUUAUUUAUCAGAAGAAAUCGAAUUCGAUAAAAUCUAGGCUACGCACUUCUCCUAUGUCAGAUAAUUUUUUGAGAUGGACUCGUUUUUCCCAUUAGUAAGAAGACUCUAUCAUCAUCAAAUAACCUGAUUUCUCGUGGGUCGUGGUCGUGGUCAUUUCGAAUUUAUGCAGGCAUAAGCACAUACAAGGCUGCACAUGCACGCUUUACCAUAAAAAGUGGGUACGCGUAAAAUGUUACAAUGUUGAUGUUGUUGAUGUUUUUAUCCUGUUAAUUUUAAAUUGUUGUCCUUUAUUCAGUCAGUCAGCCAGUUGUGUUUUUAGCGUGAACAAAGACGUACCUACUACGCGUAUUUGUAGGAAUUUGUCGGAAUUUCUGGCACUGGGCCAUGCUUGAGUUAUAUCAUCGGGUCAUUUUUCAAGUUUUCAUUAGCCUGUUGAUGGCAAGCCAUUUAUUUUGACGACACUUAAUUAAAGCACAAUGUGCGUUUUUCUUCUUAAACAGCGUGUUAAUUAGUGCGACUUUCUCCUCUAACCAUGAAUUUACACUUUAGCUGCAGUGCCAAAAUUGUUUGGUGGAUAUUUGCACUUGCGGUUCAUCAUUGUCUACCCGGAACUUUGUCAAAUGAAACUGUAUACCUCGAAAGCUACCCCAGCUACUCGGUAGUACUUCCCAUAUCUCAUGAAACGCCACGAAAUGAGACAUUUUUAGUCCAAUCGCCACGAUUUCAUAGGGUCAUGGCUGUCAUCCAGUUUCUCAACAUACCACCAAAGAACGACUUCAGCUGCGGCGUCUUUCUCCAAUUCCAGGAUGGCGCUGAUCAACGAAGUGCCAAAAUUUGUGGAAAUUUUGACCCUGAUGAGAAAACGUUUUCGCCAUCGUCACUCGUAGGUCCGAGGACUUAUCUCUCGUCCAGAAAUUCGCUCCGUGUCUCGUUACUCCACGUGACGACGGGAAAAUUAGAAAAUUCCUAUGCCAGAAUUUCCUUCACUGCUUUCAGAGAUGACUGCUACUUUCUCCAGCCUCGCGGAAACAACACGGGAAGUGGAGUUAGUUAUCCGCGUUAUCGGCCCUGCGAAUAUGCCAUUUCUUCCGAUGGAAUUGGGCGACAAUGUAUCGUGUCAUCCCUAUUUUGCGACAAUGUCAUUCAUUGCGCUCCAACGGACGAGAAGAGUGGGACAGAUUUUGGGCAGGAUGAGUCCGAACUAAACUGUCCUCAUAUUUAUCAUCAGCAGCAAUCCAUAAUUCUACCAGACGCUACGGUAUCAUCCUCGCAAAAAGAGAAUGAGGCUGAGAAACGCGGACAAAAUAGCAAUAAUCAUGAUGAUAAGAUUUUUAAGAGAUUCUUUGAUGAGCGAGAAGAACAUUUAGCAAAUUUAUUCAAGUCUGCGAUUAUUGGGUUUGUUGGGAUUUGCACGAUUUGUAUUCUUGUAGCGUUUGUCAUUUCAAUAUUUUGCUGGAAACAGAAGCAGUACCAUUUAGAGCAUCAGGGUCCACAAUCCUGAAAGUGAGAAUCUUUACGGAAAUUUUAUGCAGCUAAUCUUCACCAUUCCGAAAUACUGUUAAUUUAUUAAUUGCAAACCAAUAUCGCAUUGGUUGACAAAAAUGGAUGAUAUAUUUUUUUUAAAUUAUUAAUAAUUAUUCCCUGUAACUCGUCUGUUAUUGUGUUACUAAUUUACUAUUUUUCUUAGGUGAAGCUAUGGUGAUCUAAUGAUUAAAAAACACCUAAGUAUGCAUUUACUACAACGUUCAAAAGUGACAAAACCACAUUACUUUACCAUUUCUUAACCGAUUUUUGUGAAAUAAGUGCCGAGAGUUAAUUAUGAUGGUCUACUUUUGGAUUCCAACUCUGGUCGGUUGUGAGCCUACCCAUUCCUGAGAUAUUCUCAAAAAACACCCUCCAGAAAGUGACAUUGCUUCCUAUGAAAAAUUUGAAGGGCUAAAUCAAAAAUGUACUCGGAAAAAAAGUUUCUAAAUAUUUUUAGCUUUCAAUAAACCUUGAGAUCAUCAAAAUCGGAUAAGAAAUGACCACAAUAUUCAUAAAUGCAAGUACCACUGCGCACGUGGUGGUAUUGCAUAUUGCUAUGGUUCGUUGCUAUUGCAAGUAUUUUAAUCGCAAUUCCCUUCGCUUCACCUAAGCCGCCCGUUUUAGGGAUCUAUCUUGUUAAAUUGUAUGAUUAAAGUUUUGAGACAUGCGCAUGAUAAAA